AUGGCCACCCAAGCCACUCUGGAGCUGCCCUUCCGGCCCGACGCCCAUCUGACCGAGGUGAUGCGUCAGCGGGCCCAGUCGCUGCAGCAGCGCGGCGGGAAGCGGCAGGACGGAGAGCGCCUCCUCCGACCACACGAGGCCGUCUACCGCCUGGACUUCUCCCAGCAGGCCUUGCGUUUUGCCCACUGGGGUGUGCGGCUGGCACGCUCAGGUCGCCUCACCGUGACUGCCACCUCACAGCUUUGGACGCCCGACCUCACCCACCUGAUGAACCGUCAGCUGCUGGAGCCGGCGGGGGUGUUCUGGCGAGCUGAGAGUGACGGCGACGACACGCCCAUACACCACUAUGAGGCUGAUGCCCAGGAGUUUGGUGAGCGCAUCGCCGAGAUGGCGAAGGUGAGGAAGAUAAUGUACUUCCUGCUGGCAUUUGAGGAGGGCAUUGGUCCGGAUGCUGUUGAAUGCUCCAUCAGCUUCCAGGUCGACCAGAAGUGA